GUUUGGACCUGCCCAGGGGAAAAAGACUUUGAGAAGAUGGAGAACCAGAAUGGAGUGCUCUUGGGAUAUGUCCACUGGGAAGGAAAAGAGGAAGGGGGUGAGGAAGAUGGGGUGGCUCCUCGCGGUUCUCCUCACAGCCAAAUGAGCAGACUGGAAGAUGUGCAGGUGGAGAUGAUUCAGAAGGCAAGGGAACUCUUCCAGCUGUGUGACAAGGAUGAGAAAGGUUUUAUCACCAAGAUGGACAUGCAGCGGCUCCAAAGUGAACUCCCACUAACCCCUGAGCAGCUGGAGACUGUUUUUGACAGCUUGGAGCAGAAUAAUAAAGGAUACCUGACACCUGUGGAGUUCAGUAUGGGUCUAGGAAAGUUAAUAGGGAUUGAAUUGUGUCAAGGGGCUGGGAGAAUGGAUCACUCCAGACACGAGGAGACCUUUGAGUCAGGCUGGUCAGAUGACUUGGACCCUGCAGAUGAUGAUGAUGAUGAAGAGAAACGAUUCUGUUCCAUGAUGGAGCAGCUUGGAGCAGCUCAGUUGUUUGAAGACCCACAUGAGAUUCGGGAGCUCUGGGCUCGCCUACGAAAGGAGCGUCCAGAGCUCUUAUCCAAUUUUGAAGAGUUUCUGUUGCGUGUUUCAUCAUACAUAAAGGAGGUGAAUCAUGAGAAGGAGUCUAUGGAACAAGCAUUGAAGAGGAAGGAGUCAGAUCAUGAUCGAGAAGUCAGGUGCCUUUAUGAAGAAAUGGAACAACAAAUCAAAGCAGAAAGGGAGAAGCUGGUCUGCCAGGAAGCACUGAGGCAUGACAGGAGUAACCUGCUCCAGAAGGAACUGCACAACAAAGAGCAGGAGCUGGAGAAAAUCCUCUACUGCCAGAGGAAGCUGGAACAUCAGCUACAGUCGCUGAACUCGGAGCAGCUGGAGACCCGUGUGCAGAAUGAAAGGCUCCGGCACCUGAAUGAAAACCUGCUGGAAGAGCUGGAGAAAAGCAAGUGGGAGCUAGAGGCAGUGAAGGGACAAUUACAGAAGCUCCAGAAAGAGGCUCAGCUUGAGCAAGAGCAGAAGGACAGGGAUGUGUUUAGAGUCUCCAAGAACAUGCAGAAAGAGAAACAAAGCCUCCUUCGGCAGCUGGAGCUCCUCAGAGAAAUGAACAAGAAACUUCGAGAUGAGAGAGAUGCUUUUGAAGCCAAGAAGCUGGUGCCUCAGAACAAAAAGCCCCCAUUGAAGAAGGGGUCAGUGCUAGGCAGCUGCCUGCUGGAGGACAAGCCUGUCAAACGACAACUGGCCUCUGCAGACCUUCCCUUCACCUUCCCAGUGGAUGUGGCAGUGGAAGAACCCAACAGAAAGAACUGUAAAUACUUCCUAGGCAACGGGGUAUGGAUGAAGACAGGAGAAGGAGGCAGCACCAACUUUGGAGAGAACAGCAGAGAUGAAGAGAGAUGGCCCUUAGCAGAAGAUCCUGAGUGGUUUAGGAUGACUUUGAAGGGUGACUCUGACUGCAGAAAAAAUGCAGAUGGCUUAGAUGCUGCUCCACUGCCUCCUCGAGUACAGCCUGUUGGCACUGAAACCAGGCUCCAAGCACUGGAACCAGCCAGCUGUUCCCCAGAUCGCAUCUUUAAAGUGGUGUUUGUAGGGAAUUCUGGUGUUGGGAAGAGUUCCUUCAUCCACCGCUUCUGCUAUGACAGGUUCUUGGCUGAGCUCAAUGCAACCAUUGGUAUUGAUUAUCAGGUGAAGAGUCUAAUGGUGGAUAACACCCAGGUUGCCUUACAGCUGUGGGAUACAGCUGGACAAGAGAGGUUUCGGAGCAUCACCAAGCAGUACUUCCGGAAGGCAGAUGGGAUCCUGGUGAUGUACGACAUUACGGCCGAGUGCUCCUUCGUGGCGGUGCGGAACUGGAUGAGCAGCAUCCAGGAAGGUAUAGAGGACGGAGCUGUGGUCUUUCUGCUUGGAAAUAAAUUGGAUGCUGUGCAGAGAGAGACCCGGAAUGUGCCCAGGAUGGAGGGGGAAAGGCUGGCAAAGGAGUACAAGGCUGUGUUCUACGAAUGCAGCGCAAUGACUGGAUACAACAUCAUGGAGCCCAUGCUGCAUAUGGCCAGGUUGCUGACAGCACAAGAAGACAGGCAGAGGGAGAAUGCCCUGCAGCUGGAGGAUAUCAGCAGGAGGAAAGGGUGCUGCACAUAA